AAACCGCUGUCAAAGAAGGACGUGUAUCGGAUAAUACUAACGUGAAAUUAAAAGUUAAGUGUAAUACAGACGAUAAAAAAAUGGAUAAUAAAAUGGAAAUAGAUUUGAAAGGAAAAGUGGCGAUAGUGACUGGUGCUAGUUCAGGCAUUGGAGCAGCAACUGCAAUAGCAUUCGCUAAGCAUGGAGCCAAGCUGUCUUUAGUGGGACGUGAUGAGGUGAGGUUGCUACAGACAGUAAACAAAUGUGUGGAAGUGAGCAACGAAGUACCAUUGUGGGUGCGACUAGACCUGACACAACCAGGCGCCUGCGAGGCAGUCGUCAACAAGACUGUAGAAACAUAUGGAAAGCUAGACAUAUUAGUGAACAGUGCCGGCAAAGUAGUACUAUCAGACCUCACCGAUGAGUCAAUGGAGAAACUUGACGACUUAAUGAACUUAAACUUCAGAGUACCGUAUCGUUUAACACAGUUGUCGCUACGUCACUUAGAGAAGACGAAGGGGAACAUAGUAAACAUUGGGAGUUCGAUGUCGAAGCGAGGUUUGCCUGGAACGUUGGGAUAUACUCUAUCCAAAGAAGCACUGCAGACGUUUAGUAGACAAGCCGUUUUAGAAUUAGCACCUUUAGGAGUGAGGAUAAACUGUAUAACUCCUGGACCUUCAAGAACAAAUAUUCGAGCUCCUCUAAUCGUAAACAAUCCUCAUUUGCUAGCUGAUUUAAGUGCAGCUUACGCUCAAUAUCUUGAUAAUGGCAUGAUUUUGGAUCCAAAUGAAAUUGCUACACUGAUAUGUUGGACAGCGAGUGAUAUGUUUCCUAAUUUGAAUGGUGCUGAUAUGUUAUUGGACGGAGCACAUUGUAUGGCUUUUUCGACGUAAACGGCGUCAUUUUUAAUGAAUCAUCGUUUUUAUCAGCCUGUAUAUAUUACUAAGUGAUCUUCAGCUCUCCAAAUCCAUUCACUGCCAGUCACAUUGCAGACAGACGUUGCUGUUGGUCUAGCCGUGGUUUACUUCGAACCAAGUUUUGUGCAUGACAUAGAUACUUGUAAAAACGUUCAGUGGAGUAUAAUAAAGUGAAAAGUUUUAAGUACUAAAUAAUUCAUUUCCAUGUUUUAUAUUUAAGUAAGUGCAAGAAAAUGGAAGUAAUACAGAUUCUAAA